AUGCUUUCUGAUGUCCGACAUUUUCUAUGCUACGAAAUAAAACGAAAGGAAAAACAGCAAGCUAAAUAUUUGUCGUUAAAUGCAUCGAGAGAAGUCGAAAAUCACAAUGAAAAUAAAGUCAAAUCUGUCAAUUCACGUUCACCAUUCUUUGAAAUAUAUCAUCAACGUGAGUAUGAAUGUCAUCGUAGUUUAGGUUUACGUGUAUGGUUAAACGAUAAAAAGAACUUAACAAGAUAUACAUGUCUUUGUCCACCAAGUUUUUAUGGUGAUCAAUGUCAAUAUCAAAAUCAACGAGUAAGCUUGACUAUUAAAUUUCAAACAUUAUCAGAUUCUUUGUCAACAUUAUUUGCAAUAAUUAUUUCGCUUAUUGAUGAUAGUGAACAAAGAAUUAUUCAUUCACAUGAACAAUUCACUUAUUUAUCGAUAAGAGAUUGCAAAAGUAAAUUUAAUUUUUAUCUUCUCUAUUCGACUAGGCCAAAAAAUCAAACAAAAACUUAUGUAAUACAUAUUGAUAUUUAUGAAAAACUUUCAUUAAGUUAUCGUGGAAGUUUAUUAUUUCCGAUGAAAUUUCCAUUUUUACCUGUUCAUCGUCUAGCAUUAAUAGCUGUUAUUCCAAGUAAAGAUGAUAAAAAUCCAAGUUGUUCGAAUUCUCAAUGUGUUCAUGGUAAAUGUAUUAUUUAUUCAAAUCAAACACAAAAUAUUACUUUUUGUCAAUGCAAUCGAGGAUGA